AUGUGGAGUGUGUCCACUGUUGGCAUUUCUAGUGCACUUGUUAAAGAAACUUCGCGGGUAGGUGGUGGAUUGCAGAUAAGGGACGUCGGGCUCACAUAUGUCACUUCAGUUGUCAUCAGCAUGGCGAUCGGGAACAUCGCGUACCAGCCUCCGCCCAAGCCGGUCGAUGUGGUGGAUGGCGACCAGGAGCCCAGAGAUCCGGGUGGCGCACCCCAGAGCAAUGGACAGCCUUUCGCAGAGAGCCUGCGCGCUGUCGACCGGACCGCCCCCAUGUUUCCUGACUACAAGACACUCGUGUCGCGCGUGCAGUCCUUCGGCGACGAGUACGUACGGAAGUUCAAGGGGGAUCCAGAGACGCUGGCCAAGGCGGGACUUUUUUACAACGGUUUCAUGGAGUGCGACCGGGCCGUGUGCUUCCAGUGCGGCGGCGGUCUGUAUCAAUGGGACGACGGCGACUCCCCGAUCGAGGAACACGCUCGCUGGUACCCCGACUGCCCGUUCGUGCGCCUUUCACUCGGGGACGCCGAGGUGCAGCGCAUCCAGGACGAGCACCUGCAAGCGUUACAGGAGGCGGCCACGGAUCACAACGGCGGAGACGCCAACGACAGUGCAGCGGACGACCAGGUUGAAGAGGCAGUGACUCGGUACCUGGACGGAGAGGCAUCGCGACGGAGCUUUUUCCAAGAGUUCGGCAUCACCGCGGCGACAGUCCGCAACGCCGUCAAGCUACUCAUCUCUCGAGGUCAGCAAGACCGCAUCCACGACGAGCACGAAGUGGAUGCAGCCAUCAAGGAAACUGUGUCUCUGCAAAAAAGUUCCAUCAGCGCCGAAUCCGUGGCAAAGGGACAGGAGUCCACGGACUCUCGCUGCCUGCUGUGUCACAAGAACGAUCGCCAGGUGAUCUUUUCCCCCUGCUUCCACCUGGUGGCCUGCGAAAGCUGCUCCGCGACUCUCCAAGUUUGUUCAGUCUGUAAGAAGCCCAUAAAGGAGAACAUUAAGGCUUUUCUUUCAUGAGUCUUCAAAUGAACACAAAACCAAAUCAUUUGACGUGGUCGCUCCUCUCGGUCCAACUAUUUAUCGUUGCUUUUCCAGCAACAUCUUGGGCCAUGCGGCAUGAUUGAUUUGUAGUGAUUCCUAGAACUAUACCCCACAUAGAUUACUUUGAUUACGCGGUUGAAGCAUGCUAUGUUCUCUCUUGUAAAUUGUUUUGGGUUUGCAAAUAAAAGAUGGGAAGGGGAAACAGAA